CUCCCGGACGGAACAAUCUCGCGUGACCAUGUUUCACCCGGACUUGUUCCGUUUUCCGCCAAGAUGGCGACUUACGCUCGAACCGUAUGGAAAGGUGUUGUAGGAUGUCAGCGGCAGCUCCGAAGCGGUGGCGUUUCCUCCUUCCCUACUUUUCCUUCCAACAAUGUUCACGUUCGAGCUUUUGCUGCCGUCAAGACGUUGAAAAAGGGGAAGAAGGCAGAGGCGGCUGCGCCCGAGGUGAAGAAAGAAAAGAGGGUGGUGAAUGACACGAACCGACACAAGCCCUUCGGGAAGACGGCGUGGGCGCCCGUGGAUGACGUCUACGUGCUGAGGCACUACCCCAGGACCAUCUAUAGCGCCGUUGACGCCGUCGAACUGCUCAAGAGCUUUCAGGGUUUGGACUUCACGCCGCAUGACCAGCCUGUGUAUGUGGACCUCAAGCUGGACAUGAAACUGGAGAAGAAGAAAAAGAUCGACCCGUUUGUGGGCACGCUGCAUCUUCCGCAUCCUUUCAAGACCGAUGUGAACAAAGUUUUGGUUUUUACCGAGGAUGCAAACCAAGCGAGAGUAGCUCACGAGUGCGGAGCUGCGUUUGUCGGAGGCACGGAGCUCAUUCAGCAGGUGACGUCUAGUGCGUUUUUUAUCCCCCUUCUUCAAGGCUCAAUCGGCAUCAAUAUCCCCAAAAUGCUGUCGCUGUUCCGCACGGGCCACGAGUACGGGGUGGAGAGCGAGUGCUACGUACGGACGCAGGUGGCCACGUUGGACUUUCCCACUCAACACAUCUUGGCCAACCUGGAAAUCAUCCUGACCGACGUGCGCUCGCAUCGGCCCGCCGACAUGGGGCCUUUGAUCGAGCGCGCCAUCCUGUCCAGUCGCACCAGUGAAGCUCUGUGGUUCAACAGUGAAAGCGUUUUACCGCAAACAGCCGAAGACAACCAACAGCAAUAACAGCCUCCCAUGUAUAUCUUGUGCUCAUCGUUAUUUUUAUUAUUAUAAACAAUAAAUGUGAUCAUGCCA